UACAACAAAAUUUAUUUAUUUCCAGAAAGAUAUAGAAUACCAAUGGGCCAUGAAAUGUCAUGAUAAUGCAGAUGUCCACUACAGUCUUAUUUCUUCUUUAGAACCUGCUUACCUCCAUCUCUCAGCUCUUGAUGAAGAAAUAUACAAACAUUUUAAAAGUUCAUUUCCAGAUUUAAUCAUUGAUGUCUUAAAUGAAGAUGAGCUUAAGUCAGAAAGUAGCAAAAAAAAAUGGCGAGAAUUUUGUGAAGGAUACAAAAUGGAUGUUGAACAAUAUAAUUUUGGUACACUUCUUCGCUUAGAUUCUUCCAAUGACUAUAACCCAAACAACACAACAAUUGUGCCUAGGAUUCAAUUUCUUGCUAUAGAGAUUGCUCGCAAUCGAGAAGGCUAUAACGAUGGACUGCGUGCUAAGCGUGUAGAACAGCAUAAAGCUAUGCAAUUGUAGCAUUGUGCUUUAACAUUCAUUAUUAUGAAAACUUGCUUAUUGAAUAGUUUACAUUAUAUUUGCAAAUAUACAAGACUUUUUCCCAAACAACAAAUGCACGCAUUCAUCAUUUCAAACUCAUCCUGACUGUUGUAUGUUUAAAUGGUUACUUCAAUCUCUUUUUAAAUUAAACCUGAAACAUUUCACCACAUA